GUUCUUAUUCUUAACAAUGGCUUCUUCCUCAAGGUUAUUACUCAUCCUCUUCAUUUUCCUCAUCCUGUCUAUACUAACCGCCGGUCAAAAUUGCGACAGAUCCAAAAACUUCACAGCUAACAGCACAUACGGCCACAACCGCAACCUCGUUCUCUCCUCCCUCGCCUCCAACGUCACGACAAACGGCGGUUACUACAGUACCAUCGUAGGCCAGGGUUCCAACACCGUCUACGCCCGCGGCCUUUGUCGAGGUGACCUCUCCGACGAGAAUUGUUUUAAAUGUAUCGAUAAUCCUAGCAGAGACAUCAUAAACAACUGUCCCAAUCAAAUCGACGCUGUCAAUUGGGGAGACGACAGAUGCAUCGUCCAGUGCUCGAAUCAGUCGUUUUUCAAUACAAUGAAUGCUUAUCCGUCUUUAUGCGUGUUUAAUACUGCUAACAUAGAGUAUUAUGCUGACGAUUUUGAUCAAAGUUUAAUCGAUUUGACUAACGAUCUAGUAAUUAAGGCAGCAGGAUUCUCUUCACCGGAACUGAAAAUGGCCACAGGAAACAGAAGCUUUGGAGGAUUCAGUAACGUAUAUGCGUUGAUGCAAUGUGUGCCGCAGUUAUCGCCGAGCGAUUGUAAUGAUUGUCUUAGAGAUGCAAUCGAUCAAUAUAAUCGGACAUGUUACAGGAAACGAACUGUAACUCUUUUGACACCUAGCUGCAUUUUUCAGUAUGAUUUGUCUAUGUUUUACGAAUACUUGCCUAACGUUGAGGUGCUUCCACUCUCUCCGCCACCUCCUUUACUGCCGCCACCACCGACCGCCAAUUCGACUCCGUCGGUUACCGCGGCAGGGAAUAAAGACGGCGGAAAUGAUAAACUCCAGACAAUCGUUCUUGUGGUAGUUCCCGUGAUUUCCUUGUUAGUGUUUCUAACAAUAAUCACUGGAAUCUCUUCAAAGUUAAGAAAAAUGAAGGAACAUGAUGAAGAGGGUUUGAGUUUGGAUACUAAUUACAGACGGAAUGUUUUCAAUUCUGAAGAUUUGAACCGAAAGGCAUCAAAUGAGAGGCGCCAACAGCAGGAUUCUGUCUAUCAAGAUGAACAUUCCUUACAAUUUGAGCUAAACAAACUGAGGGAGGCCACAAAUAACUUCUCCAGUGAAAAUCAGAUCGGGAAGGGAGGAUUUGGUCUAGUAUACAAGGGAAAGCUUCCAAAUGGACAAGAAAUUGCUGUGAAAAGGCUAGCCCAGGGAUCUAAACAAGGGGAAAGAGAAUUUAAGAAUGAGAUUACCUUAAUGGUUAAGCUACACCAUCGGAAUCUCACUAAACUUCUUGGGUUUUGCUUGGAUGGAAAAGAGCGUUUACUUGUUUAUGAAUUUGUACCUAACAAGAGCCUCGAUCAUUUCAUUUUUGAUCCAAUCAGACGAAUGCUAUUGAAUUGGGAGACACGUUAUAAAAUUAUAGUCGGUGUUGCUAGUGGACUUCUAUAUCUUCACGAAGGUUCUCGUCUUACGAUCAUUCAUCACGAUCUUAAAGCUAGCAAUGUAUUGCUAGACGACAAGAUGAAUCCACGUAUAUCAGAUUUUGGCAUGUCGAGAUUGUUUAUGGUUGACAACAGUCAACACAAAACCAAAAGAAUCGUGGGUACCUAUGGCUAUAUAGCUCCCGAGUUCGCAAAUUAUGGUCAAUAUUCUGAUAAAACGGAUGUCUUUAGCUUUGGCGUGUUGAUUCUUGAAAUUGUUAGUGGCAAGAGCAAUAGUUCUCGUGAGAGAUCAGGACAUGUUACCGAACAUCUCUUGAGCUAUGUUUGGAAGAAAUGGAGAAAAGGGAAGAUAAAAAACCUAAUUGAUCCAACAAUAAUCGACGGUUCUUUAAGCGAAAAGAUGAGAUGCAUUCAUAUCGGUCUAUUAUGUGUGCAAGAAGUUGUAGCGAAGAGGCCGACAAUGGCUUUGGUCAUGCUAAUGCUCAAUAGCUCGACGGUUAGUAUGGCCAUACCUUCAAAACCGGGAUUCCUUAUAGAUGUUAGCACCGAGAUUCGAACCAUCCAUUCAUCCAUCAACCAUGUUUCCAUUACAGAUCCAUAUCCUCGAUGAGACCGAGAUUGGAGAGUAAAGGACCAUAUUGGUCCAGCAUUAUUAAUAUUAUUAAAAUUGUCAUAUAAGUGUAUUUUAUUAUAAGUUGGUUAUUUAACUAUAUUAAUCAAGUCCUAUCAAAAUCACGAGGUUUUUAUUCAAAACUAUUGACCAUGACUUUCUUUCAUUUAGACC